UUUGAGCAGGGGAUGGAAAAUAUUUUAAAAAUAAUAACUUAAAGAGUAGUGCUGAAAACUCCCUCUCCUCGCUUCCAAAACACCUUAAUUUUUUGUUUAAAGUUUUGCUCCUGUAAAAAAGACCACAACAACAAAGAACUCACGUGAAAAGUUGGGGUUUUACCUGGCAAUUGUUUUUGAUUUGAGGUUAAAAACGCGAGCUCACACAUCGCUAUAAGAAGUGGGAUUUUCAACAUUUUUGAACUGUUUUCGUGAUAAAAAAAAGGUGAUAAGAGCAAAGUAACAUCAUUUGCAACCUCCGCGGUCGUUCUUGUUGAGAAAGUAGACCGGGGAAGUGUAAAACCGAGGACACUGCAACCUGUUCCACGAAAGACGAGACUGAAACCACGACAAAGAAUUCUACGUUAUCCUUUCCUUGGGAUCUUUUUACAAGCUACGGGAAGUAAUCAACGCUAGGAAGUACAAAAAUCUUCGGCCAAGAUCUGAGUCUCGAAAGGACACCCUGUCGGCAAGCGGUAAGCUGCCAGCCGGGAACGGACAGGUUGCAUCCAAUCUUGAAAAGAAGAAGACGACGAUGAAUACGCGGGAGACGCCGGACAUUAGCCAAGUUCUUGCAAAAAUACAAAAACCGGCAGAAGUUUUAUCCAAAACAGAUACUGCAGCAGAACCGCUCCCAGUCAGUGGAAAGCAAAAGGCAGUUAAACCAAAAAAAGAUGCCGCUGCCAGCACCGAAAACGUCCGCGGCCGGCCAAAAUCGGGAAGAAUUUGGAAAACACAGAAAGAGAGAUUCGCGGUGGUGAAGAAAACGAUUCGGCGUAAGACCACGGACGAACGACUCGCUUACCGGGCGGAGAUGAAGCAGAUCAAGGAGCUAUCCCAGUCAUUGAAGGACGAAAGGAAGCGGCAGAAUGAAGAGAAGCGAUUAAGGCGCGAAGAAAACAAACGCCGCAGACUGGAGAAUGAACGGAAGGCCGAAAUAGUGCAGAUCAUCAACAACCCGUCAAAACUAAAGCGUAUGCGAAAGAAACAGCUGCGAAUGAUAGAGAAACGCGACUUGGCCAAUGUUAAGGUAGUUUAAAUAAAGAAGCACAUUUAUUUACAAAUCUAUCACAACUUAAUCCAAUAAAGAAACAAACGAAGCAUGCUGAUGAAAAGAAAAUCUCAGUCGGUAAGG